GUUGCUUUACAUGUGCUAUGGAGACUGGUAUGAGAAUUUUUAAUGUGGAACCACUGGUUGAGAAAAAGAGGCUAGCUGUUGAGACGGUUGGCAGUUUAGGCACUGUUGAAAUGCUCCAUAGAACAAACCUAAUUGCAAUAGUGGGAGGUGGAGCCUUGCCGAAAUAUGCAGAGAACACAGUCCUUAUUUGGGAUGACCUUGAGAAGAGGUUUGUCCUCGAGUUGACCUUCACGCUACCGGUGGUUGGCGUGAGACUAAGGCGAGAUCGAAUCGUGGUGGUGCUUAGGAAUCAGAUCCACGUUUUCUCCUUCCCCAAUGUGCCCCAGCGAAUGUUGACUCUGGACACACGAGACAACCCGCGAGGAUUAUGUGAAGUAUGCCCCAGCUCAGAGAAACCACUGAUGGUAUUUCCGGCCCACAAGUCUGGCAGUCUACAACUAGUUGACUUAAACCUACUGGAACCAGAUAUUUCCACCUCACCUGUUACGAUAAAAGCCCACCAGGGGGAGUUGGCAUGCAUUGCCAUAAACCAACAAGGUAGCAUGGUGGCAACAGCAUCGCGAAAGGGUACCUUAAUCAGGGUGUUUGACACGACAAAGAGAGUACAACUAGCAGAACUGAGGAGAGGUGCAGAUCCAGCCACACUCUACUGCAUCAACUUCAGUCACGACUCAGCGUAUCUGUGCUCUUCUAGUGAUAAAGGAACUGUUCACAUUUUCGCUCUGAAAGACAGCAGUCUGAACCGACGCUCAACGUUUCAGAAGAUGGGAUUUCUUGGUCAGUAUGUCGAGUCUCAGUGGGGCCUGGCCAACUUCACAGUAGCAGCAGAAUGUGCAUGUGUGUGUGCAUUUGGCCCCUCCACGAACUGUGUGUAUGCAAUUUGCGUCGAUGGGACAUUCCACAAGUAUGUGUUCACGCAGGAUGGGAGCUGCAAUCGCGAAGCUUACGACGUUUACCUUGACAUCGGAGACAAUGAAGACUUCUGAAAUGCGUAUAUUACACACCAGAUGGCACUGAGAUGUAACAAAGGCUUUCCUCGGCAUGGUGACAAUGCGUUAUCAAACAGCGUCUGGAUAUACACUAGAUAGCACUGAAGCUGCAAGACUUGCUAUGAUUACAUCAGAGGUGAUGAGGAUUUAUUUCUUAAAUACCAGAUUAUGUAUAUCUUAUACCGUAUACUAUGCCAGUUUUAUAUCAUAAGUUGAAAGCACAAUUUGAAGAAAUUCUCCAAUGCCUAGAGAGUUUAUCAUUACGUUAUUAUUCUGUAGUUGUGUGAGUAUUAUCUGCCACAUGAAUGAACGAAGUGAGUGUGUUUUUUAUUGUGUAAAUAUGUAUUAACAGUGUAAUGUAAUUAUUCAUAUUAGCAUUAGCAUGUAAAUACUUCAGUGUGAUAAUAUUUAUAUUAUUAAAUCUAUUGUAAAUCUAAAAAAAACAUUCAUUUAAUAUGUAUAUAUUCCUUAGCAAUUAAACUGGUGCAAAUUACGCAUUAAAAAAGCUUUUGUACUUUUUAUGACACCAGAAAAAUCAUUAGUAAAGAAAUUCAAGAAUUUACUAU